GUUAUCAUCACCGGGUUGGCGGGUUGCGUUGUUCUGUUUGUAAUGUUUGUAUUCUAUUUUCUAAUUUUCCAUAGCACUAGCGCCAAUUCAUGAUAAAUUAAAUGUAUUUAUUUAUCAUGCGCCAAUUAUAGCAUAUGGGCAUUUGAGCAACAGCUGAACUAGACGUGUUAGACGCUAGUGAAGUAGUGAGUGUCCCCCGUAAAGUGAAAACUGUCCAGCCACCAGUGAUAUUGCCUGUCAAUAAUAAUAUUAUAAUUGUUCUCGUUAUUGGCCGGAAUAUUUCACCUCGAGUUUUGGUCUUUUGAUCAUCAAACGGUYCCGAGUUUUGAUCGAAAAACAUGAUCGUCGACGAGGUUCAAGAGGAUGAGGUACCUAAUAGAAUUAAUGGGUACUGCAGUUGCGACGGUCCAGAAGCUUUGUACAUCAAACUUAUCUCGAGUGAUGGGCACGAAUUCAUCGUCAAGCGAGAAUAUGCUUUGAUGUCUGGCACGAUCAGAGCCAUGUUGAGUGGUCCUGGUCAGUUUUCAGAAAAUGAAACAAAUAAAAUCCACUUUAGGGAGAUACCCUCACACGUGUUGCAUAAUGUCUGUAUGUACUUGACAUACAAAGCUCGUUAUUCAAAUAGCUCUACAGAAAUACCAGAGUUCACCAUCAAGCCACAAAUCGCUUUGGAACUACUGAUGGCCGCCAACUUUUUAGACUGUUGAGUGUGUUUACUGCCCAUAUCAAAAGAUUAUUACUUAUUUGUAUUUCAAAAAUAAUAAGAUUUCAACUUUAAGUUUAUAUAACUAUCAUCUAGUCUAUCCUUCAUUCUUACCUUUAUAAACAAUUUUUCUACUAAAUAAUAAAAGUAACAACCACAUAAAAUUAUAAUAUUAUAGUAUUGUAAUUAUA